AUGAAGAUUGGGCUCACUGUCAAGAAUAAACUCGGUUUCAUCAAUGGUGAAAUCUCUCGACCUUCAGGUGAGUUACUCAGUUCUUGGAUCAUAUGUAAUGGCAUUGUCACUACGUGGAUUCUUAACUCUCUUUCCAAAGAGAUUUCUGCUAGCAUCAACUUCUCCGAUUCUGCUCAAGAAAUUUGGGUUGAUCUACAAGAACGGUACCAACGUAAAAAUCGACCAAGAGUCUUCCAACUACGCCGUGAAAAUUCCAACUUAUCCCAAAAUCAAGAUUCUAUUACCACAUACUAUGCCAAGCUGAAAACGUUGUGGAAUGAACUCAUCUCCUAUCGCCCAUCUUGUUCUUGUGGAAAAUGCACUUGUGGUGGUGUCAAGAACCUACAGACUUACUUCCAAACAGAGUAUGUUAUAGCUUUCCUCAUGGGUUUAAACGAUUCAUCUGCUCCUAUCAGAUCUCAGUUGUUACUAAUGGAACCAAAACCAACAAUCAAUCGGGCCUUUUCUCUAGUUGCACAGGAGAUUGACCAGAAAGCUUAUUCUUCAUCCUUUGGCAAUGCGAUAUCUUCAUCUAAUGCCACUGCCCUUCUUGUGAAAAAUGGUUCUUCUGCUUCCCACCAGACUGUUCCAAGCUAUUCUCACAACACCAAUCAAAACAAGAAGAAAGAUAGACCAAUCUGCACCCACUGUGAUAUUCAAGGGCAUACUGUUGAUCGUUGUUACAAACUCCAUGGAUAUCCACCAGGGCACAAGUUUUACAAACCUCCCGAAUCAGCAAGAGCAUAUCAUUCUGAUUCUUUAUCCUCUUUAACAUCUGAACAAUGCCAAGGCUUAUUGGCUAUGCUCUAG